GUCAUUUCCACUACGCAAGUGCACUCUGCGCCACACGGCUCUCUGCCACUGCCGCACGCUGCGACGUGUAGCCAUGGCGGCGGAGAAGAAGGCGGACCUGGUGCUGCUCGACUUCUGGGUGAGCCCGUUCGGGCAGCGGUGCCGGAUCGCCAUGGCCGAGAAGGGCCUCGACUUCGAGUACCGCGAGGAGGACCUCGCCAACAAGAGCGACCUCCUCCUCCGCUCCAACCCCGUCCACAAGAAGAUCCCCGUCCUCCUCCACGCCGGCCGCCCCGUCUGCGAGUCGCUCGUCAUCCUCUCCUACCUCGACGAGGCCUUCCCCGACACCCCGCAGCUCCUCCCUCCCCUCUCCGCCGCCGGCGCCGGCGCCGCCGACGCGGCGUACGCGCGGGCCAGGGCGCGGUUCUGGGCGGACUACAUCGACAAGAAGCUCUACGACUGCGGGUCCAGGCUGUGGAAGCUCAAGGGGGAGCCGCAGGCGCAGGCGCGCGCCGAGAUGGUGGAGAUCCUCCGCACGCUGGAGGCGGAGCUCGGCGACCGGGACUUCUUCGGCGGCGGCGGCGGCAGGCUCGGCUUCGUCGACGUCGCGCUCGUCCCGUUCACGUCGUGGUUCUACAGCUACGAGAGGUACGGCGGGUUCAGCGUCGAGGAGGCGUGCCCCAAGCUGGCGGCGUGGGCGCGGCGGUGCGGCGAGAUCGACUCCGUGGCCAAGCACCUCCACUCGCCGGAGAAGGUGUACGACUUCAUCGGCGUGCUCAAGAAGAAGUACGGCAUCGAGUAGGCGGGCGGCCGGCAUCGAGAUCGAUCGCCGGUGAAUGCGAAGUUAGUGGUUGAGUGUGCGAAUUGGUGUUAGCCGUUGUGUACUUGGGUUGGUGGCAGGCAGCUGAGAGUUGCCUCCCGUUCUGCGUGAGACUAUGGCUUAAUAAAGUCUGUACUCCUUUUAGCUUAAAUAAAGUAUGUACUCGCUUGAGUGCUCGUUUGCAUGCACUAUACAAAUAAUGUUUGUUAGA